GAAUGUUUACUGUAGGCUCCUCGUGUUGAUGUGAACUCUAUCAUAAACAGUAUUUUGUAAUGAUCUCAGUGACUAACAUGUGAACCUUCGGACUCACUCGUGAAGCAGAGUGGAGGUCAUCAUGGCUCUCCGACGGACGCAGGUGGUAGGAUUGGCCGUGUUUGUGCUGUGUUUUAGCGGACUGCAGCUCCUCCUCCAGGCCGCGGACCCUCCGUCUUAUGUGGCGGCGGUGUACGAGCACCGAGUGCUGCUGAACCCGAAGCCCGGAGCCCCGCAGGAGCGCAGAUCCGCCCUGCUGCACAUGAGGACUAAUCUCCGGGUGCUGGAGGAGCAGAGUGCGCUGGCGGCACAGCAGGGCGCCCAGAUUAUAGUGUUUCCAGAAGAUGCCAUUCAUGGGUUCAACUUCAGCAGAUCUUCAAUCUCUGGUUAUCUAGAGAGCGUCCCUGACCCGAAGGAGAUCACAUGGAGCCCGUGUGCAGAUCCACACCGCUUCCCAGACACUGAGGUCCUUCAACAUCUGAGCUGUAUGGCCCAUAGGAACAGUCUCUUCGUAGUGGCCAACAUGCCGUCCCGUCUGACCUGUAACCAAACCAGCGACCCUCACUGUCCCACAGACGGACAAUACCAGUUCAACACUAACGUGGUGUUCAGCGAUCAGGGCGUCAUCGUGGCCCGGUAUCACAAACAGAACUUAUACUUCGAAGCAGCGUUCGACACUCCACCAGAGCGCCAGCACGUCACAUUCCACACCCCGUUCGCAGGCCGAUUCGGGAUGUUCACAUGCUUCGAUAUUCUGUUUCGGGACCCAGCGGUGACUCUAGUGAAGGAGUUGGGUGUUCGGCAGAUUGUAUAUCCGACGGCGUGGAUGAACCAGCUCCCCCUGCUGGCAGCGGUGCAGAUUCAGCAAUCAUUCGCACAUGCAGCGGGCGUUACAUUACUAGCAGCUAACAUCAAAGCUGCGGAGUACGGUAUAACCGGUAGCGGCAUCUUUACACCAUGGGACUCUCUAAUACAUCACGACACACAAGGGAAUUCUGGGAAACUGCUUGUGCGCAGAGUGCCAGUUUUAGAUCCGUUAUUUAUUGGGGACGUAAAAAGCGAUGUGCUUAAGCUAGCUCCAUUUUCUGGAUAUCCAAAAAUAGGAUUAGAAUCAGAAAAGACGCACGUUUGGUCUUUGAGUGAUGCGAAUUACUGCGAAAAAGACUUUGAUUGUACAUCUACGAGCUUUAACUCUAUCAUGAUGCAUGAUAAUUUCACUUUAGUGCCUUUGAGAGGUCAUGAAGGGAAUGUUAGCGUGUGCAGCGGCUCCGUUUGCUGCCAACUGCUGUUCCGGAGGUCUGAAACCCUGGAGUUUUACGCUCUGGGCGUCUUCAAUGGUCUCCAUGUGGUGAACGGGGUUUAUUAUCUGGAGGUUUGUGCUGUGGUGAAGUGUGCAGGUGGAGAACAGAGCAGCUGUGGAGGAGAAACUGAGCACGCUCAUACAGUGGUGGAUUUCAGGCUCACGGGGACUUUCGGGACUAAACAUGUGUUUCCGGGGAUUUUGGGAAACGGGAUGACUCUGGAUGUUCCGGAUCAUUCUGGAUGGGAGGAUGGAAAUCGCUUUUAUAUGAGCCGGAGAGGGAUGAGCGCUGGACUCGUGACGGCUGUGCUGUAUGGGAGACACUACGAGAAAGACAACGACUGAUUUUAUAACACAAGUGAGAGAAUUUGAGUUUAGACAGAGGAGAAAUGUAUUUGUUGACCCAAAUAUGAAGAUUCGUCAUUUUUAUUAAACCUCAGUUUUGUUUAAA